AUGGUCGCGAUGCAAUUGAGGUGUGAUGUAACAGCUAGUUACCAUGUGUUAUUGUAUUCAUUGGGUCAGCAGUGGCAUCAACAACGUGUUGCUAGGAAACUGGUGUCCGGCCAGCGCGGCGACCGCGUGCGCGAUUGCGUCGUGCCCGUGCGUCCUACGUCGUGCUUCCGACGUGGAACCGCCGCGUGCAGCUUGAAAAUGUUUGGGGUGUUGAGUGUGUUUCUGAUACCAUUACUUUUAAGUCAAGAAACGGAAGCCGCGGCUGUAAUAUCCAUUGAUUUGGGUUCAGAAUGGAUGAAGGUCGGUAUUGUGUCUCCUGGAGUUCCGAUGGAGAUUGUGUUAAAUAAGGAGUCAAAGAGGAAGACACCAGCUGUUGUGGCAUUUAGGGAUGAUGUGAGGACUUUUGGUGAAGACGCCGUCACUGUCGGCGUGAGAUUCCCGAAGAAUUCUUAUAAGUAUCUGCUGGAUCUACUUGGAAAGCCUUUUGACCAUCCAAUGGUGCAAGCUUACAGAGAGCGCUACCCAUACUAUGAGAUGGUUGCAUCAGACAGAGGUACACCUCUGUUUAUUCAUGAUGACAAGACAAAGUUCACUCCGGAGGAGCUGGUAGCACAGCUCCUGGCCAAGGCUAAAGAUUUUGCUGAAAUCAGUCAUGGUCAACCAAUCACAGAGUGUGUAAUCACAGUACCUGGUUACUUCAACCAGGCUGAACGUCGCGCAUUGAAGGACGCCGCCGCACUCGCCGGUCUCAACGAAAUCAACGAGACUGCAUGGCACGCUCUGUUCUUCGACAUGGGUGCAGCCUCCACGAAGGCAGCACUCGUCGAGUACAAGACUGUCAAGAUAAAGGAGAAGGGCUAUGUUGAGACUGUGCCUCAGCUACAAGUACUGGGCGUCGGAUUUGACAGAACUUUGGGGGGUCAUGAAAUGACCCUACGUCUCCGUGAGCACCUCAUCAAGGCUUGGGAAGCGAAUGGAGGUGGCGAUGUAAGGAAGUCCCCUCGUGCUAUGGAGAAACUGCUCUUAGAAGCAGAGCGACUUAAGAUCAUUCUCUCAGCCAACACCGAGUUCUACGCACAGAUUGAGAGCUUGCUUGAUGAUAAGGACUUCAAACAACUGGUAACCAGAGCGGAAUUCGAAGAGCUAUGCUCAGAUUUAUGGGAGCGUGUGUCGGGAGUAGUACAGCGCGCUAUAGCGGCGGCGGGCGGGGCUGGCGCAGGCGCUCGCCUCGUACUCGCGGGUGGUGGGUCUAGGGUACCCGCUGCACUCAAAGCACUCACUGAUGCUGUAGGACAUGACCCCGCCAGGUCUAUUAACGCUGAUGAAGCUGCUACCAUGGGUGCUGUCUACAGGGCGGCCUCUCUUGCCACCGGUUACAAGGUAGCGCCUCUGAACGUGCGUGACGCGGUUCUGUUCCCCAUCCAAGUAACAUUCACUAGACACGUCGAUGGUAACGACAAACUGAUCAAGAGGACGUUGUUCGGCCCCAUGAAUCCCUACCCACAAAAGAAGGUAAUCACUUUCAAUAAACACACAGAUGAUUUCGACUUCCACGUCAACUACGCUGAGUUAGACCACAUUCCUUCCAACGAGCUGCAAUACGUCGGUGGCUUGAACCUCAGCCAGGUUGUACUUAACGGUGUUGGUGCCGCUCUAGCUAAACAUACCGGUGAAAAUGUUGAACACAAGGGAAUCAAAGCACAUUUCAACUUGGACGACUCUGGCAUACUCAACCUCGUCAAUGUCGAAUUUGUCGCUGAAAAGACCGUAGCCGAGGAAGAAGACCAAGACAGCACAUUAUCUAAAUUAGGAAGCACCAUCAGCAAGCUAUUCGGAUCCGAUGCCGAAACCCCCGAGAAGGUUGAAGAAAAACCUGAGGAGAAAUCACAAGAAGAAGAGGCUAGCAAAGAAAAGAAAGAAGAAGAUGCAAAGAAAGCAAACCAAACAGAGGGUGAGAAGCAGAACGCUACUGAACCCGAAACUAAGCCCAAACCUAAACUCGUCAUACUCAAGGAACCCAUCAAGUCUGAAGAAACACUUCUCAACCUGCAACCACUGUCCCCUGAACAGUUCAAGUCCUCCAAGGCUAAGAUUACUGAGCUAAACACGAUCGACAAGAAACGUAUCGAAAGAGAAACUGCGCUCAACAAUCUGGAGGCGUUCGUGGUAGACGCUCAAAUGAAAAUGGACAUGGAUGAGUACUCUGAAUGUGGAACUUCAGAACAGAUUGAAGAAAUUAAGAAACUGUGCAGUGAAACCUCUGAAUGGUUGUACGAGGAUGGCUAUGAUGCGGCCACGGAAAUGUUUGAAGCCAAGUUGGCUACUCUGAAAGACAAGACCAGCCCAAUCUUCUACAAGCAUUGGGAGCACAGAGAGAGGCCCGACGCUAUUUCGGCCCUCCGUAGCAUGUUGAACAGCUCUCGGGAAUUCCUUAAAAUGGCAAAGAACUUUACCAAAGACGCUAACCCAGAGAAAGACGUAUUCACUGACGUCGAAAUUAAUUUAUUAGAGAAGAAGAUAGAUGAGACCUCGUCGUGGCUCAGCACUUCUAUUAAGGAACAAAAGGCUCUUAAAAAGAAUGAGGACAUCAAAUUGACUGUGGACAGCAUCAGGGAAAAAAUGGCGAGCUUAGAUAGAGAGAUGAAGUACUUAUUGAAUAAGAUGAAGAUAUGGCGACCUAAGAAACCAGUUAAGAAGGAAUCUGAAAAUAAAACUGAAGAGACUGUUAUUGAUCAGAAUGCUGAGUCUGAGGCUGGAGAGGAGAAGGUAGAGAAAGUAGAGAAAGCAGGAGAGACUCAGGAAGAGGCUCCAGCAACUGAGAAGGGUGAGAGCGAGACCACAGAACCACCGCUGCAACUGUCUGACGGCCAAGACGAACAUUCCGAGUUAUAAUCACCGCGUGAGGUAACUUAAUGUAUUAGUUUAAUUUAUUUUUUAUUUAAUUGACUGUGUGGCUUGUUUGUUUUGUUGUAUGUAGUACGCAGGUGUGGUUUUAUCAACAUAUUUGUAAAUUUUUGCAUUUAAAUGAUUAAUUAGUCCAUCCAUUUUAUAAUUUUUUUACUUUAGUUUGUCGAUUUCAUGGAGAUGAUUUCUACCGAAGAGAUUUGAUUGUUCUUUCUGUUAGUUUUAUUCCCAAUGAGUCAGUUUUCCUGUUGGUUGUAUUUUUAACCAACUUCAAAAAACUAGGUAAUCUGUUUUAUUCAUCAAUGUCGUAUGUCGUUCGUAUAAUUGCUAAAUUGUUUUAUAAUUGUUAAUUAAAUGAAAUUCUGUCGUAUGAAUGUAUUUUAUGUAUGAUUUUAUUUUCCAGUUGCGUAAAACGAACAAGCCACUCAAAUGGAACUUAAUUAAAUCUCAAAUCAAAUGGUGGCCGCCCUCUACACUGAAAGAAUUUAAAAUAAAUAUUAAUUUAAAAUUAAUUUAAUUACUGAAUUUAUUUAUUUUUUACAAAGAGCGGCUUCUCUCUACGAUAAGCAGUGGCCCCAGGUAGCGGACGCGAGCGUGUAAUAUAUUUAUGUGUACCUAAACUUUAUGUGAUAUAUUAAAGGCUAUAAGUUUGUGUGAGUAUUAUACUGUUUCCUACUACAGACACAGUGUAAGCACAAAUUAGCUCCAUCAAGAUAUUAGUUAAGCUAAGCGUGUCAAUCUAGGUACCUCUUCAGUCAGUCGACAGGUGUGUGUGCGGUGUUUAUGUACUGUUUCCAUAGACUUCCACUAUUUAUGCCUUUAUUACAAUAUUUACUGAGUAGUAUAAAUGUACGGUGGUGCGGACUUAUAGUGAGUUUAAGAACUCGUCUUAUGAUAUCACAGUAACCCAGUAAUCACUUAAAGUGUGCCUUUAUUUUAUGUAAACAAUGUGUCAAAGUAAGGGACCUAAGUAGUUAUAUGUAGAAACAUCCCUUGUUUUUCUUUUUUUAUAGUGUUUCUGUAAGAUACGUCCGCGCCGUCUUGUGUGUCUGCGAAACACGGAGUAGUGAAUGAAUGAAGUGAUUCGUGCGUCUUUAUGAGACCGCGACGAUUCGUUUAGCAAAGAUUUCAGUUGGAAUGUUGUGAGUGCCUCGACACAGUUCUCGUUUUGGUCACUCCAUUUAUUCACUAGUCCGUAAUGCGAACCUUUGGUGUGUCCGUAUUAGUGAAACAGUGUGCGGACUUAGGUCAAAUAAUUGUAACAUUUUAAGUGAGAUUCGUUCAAUAAUACCCAGUCGCAAAUGGAAAUAAAUUAUACAUGAAUGAACAUA